GGGGAUAAAAGGCCGCGGCCGGAGCCCGCCCGCGUCUGCAGCCUUCCCGCGCCGCCGGCAGCAUGACCGCCAUCGGGGCGCAGGCCCAGAGGCUACUGGCACACCGGAGACCUCAGAAAUCCUUCUUUGAGACACUUAUCAGGAGCCUAAUCAUCCUGUGCGUGGCCAUAGCAGUGGUCCUGUCGUCUAUCUCUGUCUGCGAUGGCCGCUGGCUCUUUGCGAGGGGGCAGCUCUUUGGACUGUGGCACCUCUGCAGCGUUGGCAACGGCAGCGUCCUCAAGUGCGUCACGGACCUCAGCCUGGCCAAGGUGGAAGGGCUGAGUGUUGGGAUGAUUCCCAUCAGAAGCAUGGUGUCCUUUGCUGUCGUGGUGGCCAUAUUCGGCCUGGAGCUGCUGAUGGUGUCCCAAGUCUGUGAGGAUGCCAACGCAAGGCGGAAGUGGUCGAUGGGCUCCCUUCUCAUCCUCAGCUCCUUCUUGCUGUCGGCCACCGGGGUUCUGAGCUUCUCCAUCCUCCUGAAGGAUCAACUCAGCUUCAUGGGCUUCACACUGACGUACUGGUGUGAAUUCGUUGCCGCCUUUCUCUUCUUCCUGAACGGGAUCAGUGGACUUCACAUCAACAGCCUCACGCACCCCAGGAGUGGGGUAGGCAAAAUCUAGGUGCAAAGGGUGCACCUCCGCCUUUGUGUAAUCAGCUUUGCCAAUUAGACUGGAAAAAAAGGGAGUGGAAUGAAGUUUGAAAAGGACACCGUGUCUUAAAUCGUGUGCAAGGAGGGCAAGGGUGCGUCAGCCCUGGUGCCUGUAGAAGACAUAACCACCCACCAGUCAGCACAGAGGCUGCGUGACAUGAGAAGAGCAGAGAUUGGGAUUGAGGAAGAGGACAUCCCAUGAAACAUGCAGAGGGGUGGCAGACUGCAGUCUACACAUGUGGGUUAUUUUGAGGCUUACACAAAGCCUGUGCUGUCAUGGUUUUGGUGUUGCUAUGCUUUUCCUCAUACUCUGGAGCCUGUGAAGAGUGUGACACAACUUUUGUUUGUCUCUGUCUCAGGGACAGAUGAUUUAUGCCUGACCAUGCUCUCUGACAUGGAAUAUUGAGAAUCUUCACUGUAUCUCGCUCCUCCAUCUCCUUCAGAAGAGAAGCCACACAGACCUUGAUCUGGUCACCCAUUUUGUUUUCUGCUAGCAUGUUCCCUGUACCCUUCCUUUGAGUUUUUCUGGGACACUUCUGACAGAAGCACAGGGACAUACAGCUGUCUUGGGGCCAAGAGCAGGUGCUGGGUGAUGCAGGUAUGCAGGGAAGGGUUGUGAUGCCUUCCUCGGGCAGUAGUGGCCUCUGCCCACUGUCACUGCUUCUCUGCCACCUGUGUAGGGCACGUGCCAAUUGACCACGCAAGCUGCUCCCUCACAGCCCUUGCACAAUUCACUGUAAUGGGGCAUUGGUCUUCCUAGCUUCUUUUUUGUAUCUUAGGGGCAAGAGGGACAAGCUCUGCACGGGCUGUAGGUGGAUGUUGUGGCUGGGCAGACUAUGCUGAGGCCACUGGACCUUCUGGGGCAUGUUUGGUUGUCAGGAUUUCCCCCUGGGACAGUGAGAAGUCAGCUCAAGCUCAUCCUGUAGCUGAGAGUCUUGUCUACCAUUUCUUCUGGGAGGAGAAAGCUCUAGAUCCUUGUGGCCAGACCAAGUCCUUUUCUCCCCCCUGAUUAACAAUAGGCCUGGGAGGAGAAGUUGCCCAAGACUGCCAAAGCUGAUGGGGGCAGCUCUAAUCUGCCACAGAGACUUGGCCCAAAUUAUGUUAAGGCUGGUGGUCUUCCUGGUAAUGCCUGAGUCAAGGUCUCCAAAAUAGCUGCAGCUUUGAAGUACCCUGUGGUGUAAAAAAGAGAAAUGACCUGAGCAGGAGACCUCAGGAGGUUGAUAGCCCUACAUGUGUGUCCUUCCUGCCCAAAUAUAGGACUUGGUUGCCCACAGAUAAAAAUGUAUUCAGAAUGUUUCAGGUUUAAUGUUUGUUUUGUAUCCACUGGUAAAGCCACUUGUGUUUUUGUUUCACAGCAAAUGUUUCUUGUAUGUUUCAUCUCUGCAGCUUGUCCGAUAGCUGUUGGGCAAGGUUCUCCUUUCUUGGGCUACAAGUUUGACACAAUUUUUCACCUGAAAAGCACAACAGUACAAAGGCUGAUAAGGCUGUGUAGGUGAGCCAUGAUGAGACAGUCUUAAGUCCUGCUUGAGCAUACAUCCAUGCUUACCCAGAGUGCUCCUGUGGACUUGCUUGCCUUCAUGAGGACUGUCUCCAUUCCCUCUCAGAUUUCUGUAACUCUAGCACCUAAGCCUGUUUUGUGAUGCUGUCUCAAACCAGGCUUGCUCUGGACAGUGUCAGUUGUGCUUUUGCACAUGAAUGUGACCAUCUUUCUGCCAACAUAAUGCACAGAGCUGCCCAGCCAACUCUUGAAGUUCUUGCAAUGCCCAGAGUUUGGUUUCUUGACCAACUCUCAAGGACUCAUGCCCUUAAGCUGCCUCUGGAAAACUCCACUGUGACUGUGUCUCUCUUGGUGAAGGUGCUUUUAAUUUGCUGAAUUGCACUGUUGAAAACAUGCUAGUGGACUGAUCUUGUAGAUGCUUCUGCAAACACUACCGUUGGCUUUAGCAGAGCCACUUAUCACAGAGAGAAUCUGCAAGGUUUAUUCCCAAACUGUUGCACUUUGGUGUUAGUGCCUUAAUUAACCCAAAAAAUCAAUUGUGGUGCCUAGGGGUGCCCAUGCCAGGUGUGCAGUUCUCCUAUAUGAAGUCAAGGGUGUCCAUGGCUUGACUAGAAAUUCAGAGUGCCUUUUUGGUGAUGGCAGAAACUGGAAAUCAAUUCUGCAGGUACUCUUUGUUAGUGGGAGGCUGUGCCCCUAACCCUUUCACUGGGGGAAGGCAGCUGUAGCCAGCUGGAGCCCCAGGCUGGUGCCUCUUGCUCAGAUUAGAGGGAGGCAGUGGGGAAAUGGCCACUGAGUUCACUCAAGACUUGGUGCAGUUGUGAAUGAAGUUGUGAAGUUUUAGAUUGCCCUCUGCUAGCUGAAGAAGAGGCCUUUUGGGGACAGGGAAUCCUCUAGGGAAAACACAGUAACUAUAUUUGGUUUUCCAGCUGGCUUUGUAUAGUACUGCUUGACUUAUACUGGAAGAAGAUGUGUUUUGAUGGCUACAUAUUACAAAAUGGGGCUGACUGUCCAGGAGACACAGGACAGCCUCUGCAGCAGUGGGUAACUUUUCUGAAGCCUGGAGAAGUGUUAAGCAACGUUUCUGAAGUUUGUUAAAUAAAUUUCUUUGAAAUAAGAUAA